GGCGCUGCCGUCAUCUGACUGAGUUGGGCGACACCAGGAAGACGCAGCUGUUAUGACAGUAAAUGAACAGGAUAAACACGUUGAAAUAAAAUCUCAAUGAACCGCUUAUAACAACUCAUAGCUCGUAAAACAAACACCUCCGGUACCUUAAACCUGCUGUUUUGGAUCGGUUACUAUGGAGGAGACGAACAGAGAGGCUGUUGCCACGGCAGUGCAGAGGGUUGCUGGGAUGCUGCAGCGCUCGGACCAGCUGGACAAAGUGGAGCAGUACAGACGGAGAGAGGCGCGCAAGAAAGCAUCUGUGGAAGCAAGAUUAAAGGCUGCUAUUCAGUCUCAGUUGGAUGGGGUACGAACAGGCCUCACGCAGCUCCAUAACGCACUGUGUGACGUGAAAGACAUCCAGAACUCUCUGGCAGACGUCAGUAAAGACUGGAGGCAGAGCAUCAACACCAUAGAGAAUCUGAAGGAUGUGAAAGAUGCUGUGGUUCAGCACAGUCAGCUGGCUUCAGCCGUCGAGAACCUCAAAAACAUUUUCUCAGUACCUGAGAUCGUACGAGAAACCCACGAUUUGAUCGAGCAGGGUGAGCUGCUUCAAGCUCACCGCAAGCUAAUGGACCUGGAGUGUUCCCGCGAUGACCUCAUGUAUGAGCAGUACCGCAUGGACAGCAAGAACGUCCAUGACAUGAACCUCAUUCGUGGCUACUUCGGCCAGGUGCAGGGCCUGUCAGAAGGACUCUCCAAACAACUCUGGAUGGUCCUCCAGCGCGCCAUGGUCACCGUCCGCCGUGACCCCACAAUGCUGGUGUCUGUGGUCCGAAUCAUCGAGCGCGAAGAGAAGAUCGACCGCAAGAUGCUGGACCGUAAGAAGCAGACUGGGUUCAUCCCACCUGGGAGGCCCAAAUGCUGGAAAAAUCGAAUGAACGAAGUCCUAGAGGGCACCGUGAGCGGUCGCAUCGAGAGCACGCAGUCGGAAACACGCGAGUCCGACAAAAUGUGGCUGGUGAGGUUGCUGGAGAUCACUAGGAAGUACGUUCUGGACGACCUGACCGUGGUGAAGAACCUGAUGGUGCAGUGCUUCCCUCCACACUACAACACCUUCCAGGUGUUCUUCGACCUCUAUCAUAAAUCAGUGUCGGCACGCGUGCAGGAGCUCGCAGCAGAAGAUCUGGAAGCCAAUGAGAUCGUGUCUCUUCUCACAUGGGUCCUCAACACGUAUAAAAGGUGGUACCGAGAGGAGGCGAUCAACUAUAAGGAGGAACAUCUGAAAGAUCGUCAGCUCCCACAAUGCUACGUUCAGUACAUGAUCGCCAUCAUCAACAACUGUCAGACGUUCAAAGAGUCUAUAAAUAGUCUGAAAAGGAAAUACUCUCAGUCGACUGAACCCACUCAGAACGACGCCGCCAUAGACAAGCUCCUGAACGAGGUGGCCAGAGAGGGCUGCCAGUUCCUGCUAGAUGAAGUCUUCCUGGAUUUGGAGCAUCAUCUUAAUGCGCUGCUGACCCGGAAGUGGUUGACAGGCUCUCAUGCUGUAGACACCAUCUGUGUGACCGUGGAAGACUACUUUAAUGACUUUGCCAAAAUUAAAAAGCCUUACAAUCAGGAAAUGACGAGUAAGGCUCAUCGGCGGGUGGUGGUGGAGUAUCUGAAGGCCAUCAUGCAGAAGCGCAUCUCGUUUAAGAACGCCGACGAGAGAAAGGAGGGAGCCGACCGGAUGAUGAAAGAAGCCGAGCAGUUCAAAUUCCUCUUCAGGAAACUUUCUGCUGGAGAGGACACAGACCGGCUGUGUGACGCCAUCGCUGCUAUCGCAGAGGUCUUCAAACUGACCGAUCCUGCGCUGCUCUACCUGGAGGUGUCCACCCUGGUGUCCAAAUAUCCUGACAUCAGAGAGGAGCACAUUGUGGCCCUGUUAGCUGUCCGCGGAGAUGCCAGUCGAGAUAUGAGACAGAUGAUCAUAGAGACUCUGAACCAGAACAAACCAUCCACUUCCUCGGUGUCUCAGCCCGUCUUCAGAGACAUCACUGUGCCAUCCAACACCAUGACCGCCAUGACCUCUAUGACUGUACCCAAACUGCUGAAAUAAUCUGACCUUUGACCCCUAGAGCCUUUACUAAGCCCCUAACAGGCCACAGAACAGAGUAUUGAUUCCCUUAAUGCACUUUUGGAAAUACAUUCGCUGCCAUCUCAAUGGAAACGUCUCAGUGGAUGAUGAUGUGCACUUGAAUGGCAGCAGCUUGUGUUGAGACUGCAGAUGAUUUAUGAUGAUUUGAUGUACAGAAACAUUUUCAGGAUAUUUCUUUCUAGCCUGCCCUUUGUAAAAUGGUUGAUGAAUUAAAGCAGUAGUUCACCCAAAAACAAAAAUCGUAAUCACUCACCCUCAUGCUGUUCCAAACCCAUAUGAUUUUUUUUUCUGUUGUAUAAAUGGAGAUGAUUUAGAGACUGAACAAGCUGUUAUUUUUCCAUAUAAUGCAGCUAUUUUGUAGGUAAUGGAAAAACAACAUAAAAGUGAUCCAUGCAGCUCAUGCACUAUAUUUCAUGUCUUGUAUGUGAAACACAAUUUAAGAAGCUAUAAAUGCACAAGCUUCCAAAUGGCAUUUACUCACACGUUACAUUCAAAUAUGGCACUUCAAGAUGUAAAAUGUGAGUGUUGUUGUUGUUGAUGUUAAUCCUACGAUCAACUGUGGCAAAUAGCAACUUAUUUUGGUCUGUUAAUUGCAUAAAAACUAAAAUAUACUUUCAGCUGACUUGGAAUAUAGUACACAAAUCACAUGGGCUACUUCUGUGCUACUUUUUUGUCAUUUCUGAAUAAUGAUAAUGAGAUUUUUAAACUAUAUAUAGAGAGAGUGUGAUUUUUAUUUUUGGGUGAACUAUCCCUUUAACAAAUCAUGAGGUUGCAUUCAGUUGCUUUUGUGUCAUUCAUUCUCUUAAAUAAUGCAGUCACAAUUUCUUUUUCACUACAGUGCUACACAUUUAUAAGCGUCCUGCUGGCUGCUAUCUGGAACUAUAAUGAACCACUGAAUUCCAUCAUGUCAGUUUUCAUUUCAAUAAAAUCUGGCUUAACACUAAGUGAUCUGAAUGAUUUAUGAUGUUGGCUUAAACUACGGGUCAGAUCUGCCAGCUCAGGAGACACAGGCAGCUUGCCUGACGAUUUAAUUUGUAAUAAUCUCUCUCAUCUCAUUGGCUGAGCACAUGUAUAUAUAUGAGACAAGGGGAGGAGCUCUGAGGGAUUCUCAUGAGUGAGAGAAAAGACGUCCACCGUAGGAUGACAUGCAAUUAAUGCACUUUUCAUGCAGUUUUAUUGAUACAAUGCAAUGUUUUGAAUGGCUGUGUUUAGGUUGUAGUACUAGCAUACUGCUUACGCUUUUAUUUUAAGAAUGAUGUGAAACAUUGUGCAGUAUGUAGUGAAUGUUUCAAACAGCUGCUUUGCUGUCACGUGACCUCAGAAUGUUUAAUUUGGACAGUUGC